GAAGACACUCUAAUAAUCAAGUUCAUAAGUAGUUUCUUUUUUUUUUUAAAUAUCUUUUAACAAAGAUCUUCUGUAAACGUUGCAGUGCAGACUUAGCGAUCGGCUGCACGGCUCGGAUCUCCGCCAAGUGAUCUGGUCGUCCAGACAGCUGACGCGCCACCGAGACGCCGGCCCGCUGAAUGGCUGUUAGGUACUGUGUGUAUGUUGACAGAGAGGUCACGCGCGCUGGCUGGCGGCUUUGGCGGAGCUAACGACCCAAUAUCAGACAGAAUCUUUUUCACAAACUUCUAACGGCGCCAGACGUCUCGUUUUGUGCCAAGCAAUUCGAUUUUCCAGCUGAUACCAUCAUGAAAUGGUAGCAUCUUCGGUGCAAGUUUGUGUAAAUGUGAUAAUGCACGGCAGACAGACAGAGAGCCCUGUCUGGCUUUAUGUCUGCAUUUCAAUGAUUUUUAAAGAGGAGACUGGUAAGCGAGCAGAUUCACUCUACUUUUCUUUCUCUGGGAAGGAAAUAUUUUACAAUGGAGAUUGAAAAAGCCUUUUCAGAGUCAGUGGACAAUAUCAUGAACUUUGCUGAAAUUCUGUACAAAUGCACCCUAUGUACAACCUUGCCUUCGAUUCUGACCUCCAAAAAUAGCUUUGUAUCUCAUGUCAAAGGUCAUCAUUUUAAACAGAAUCUCACAAGAUGUCUGGUGUGUUCUUUGAGUUUUGAGACAGAGGAAGACCUCCAUGCUCACUCGAGAUCAUCUCACUGUGGUGAAGAUGCAUUUAAGGGUGAAGGGGAUCAUCAGGAUUCUCAUCCAAAGGAAGAGGAAAUUACGUCUGCUGAAGAGACCUUAAUCCCUAUAACGCAGGAAAAUGAAGUGGAGCAAGAUAAAAAAUGUGUUAAUGUGAUUAACACAAAGUGUGACACAUACAACUGUGUUGGACACAGAGUGAACAGUGAAAUCACAAACAUAACAGCUCAGUCAAUAGAGAGACCUUUCAUGAUGAAUGUUGAUGGCCAGAACAUCUCUGAUGGGAUGGAAGCUCCAUGGCCAGAGAUGAGGCCAAAGGUCAAUAUCGAGUAUGGACUAGAAAACUCCGUUCGUCAACAUCCAUGUACAAACAAUUUGUCCAAAAUUCAUGCAGUGGCAGACCAAAUUUUAGCAGUGAAUUCUACUAAACCUAAGCCUACUGGUAACAGUAUGAUUUUCUCCCCUGGAUUUACACCAGAAUUUGGAAAGUUUACAAAACUUGUGAGAGAGGGAGGGAAUAUUGUGUAUUUUUGUCAAGUUUGUAAUUGGAAAUCACAGAUUAAGUCACAUUUCCAAAGUCACUGUCAAGGAAAAGUUCACAAGGAGAAACUAAAAUGUGCAGAAGAACAGCAUGACGAAAAAUCUCCCUCUCCAGCACCUAGAAGGGAACAUAACAGUAAAGAAAAACAGUGUGACUCAGUAAGUCCUGUGAAUUUAUCAAUAGAAAAUGGGAUGGGCUCCUCUACAGCUCAUUCUCCUGUGAUUUCAGAGAGAAAUAAACUAGAGAGACAAAACAAGAGAAAGCGAAGUGUCCCCAUUUCUCUCCGAAAUCAAGCUUCUGAUCGAGAUGGAUGGCAGUCCAGUGACUCUGACUCAGAUUCUGCGGAUAUUAGCAGGAGUAGACUGUAUCACAGUGGGAGGACACCAGUGAAGAAAAGACACUCGAAGGACAAUAAACCAAGUCCUAAUGCUGAAGUGAGGCCAAAGAUAGACAACUCCUGCAGACCCGCGCUUCUUGUGAACUCUGAUUCUGACAGCAAUCAUAUACAAGGCUAUCACAAUCCAGGAAAUCCAUCAAUGUCACUUACAUCAAAAGGCUACAGAGAUGAAGAUCCCACUAAAUUUCCUUUUGGACUGUACAAUCAAAUUCAUAAUCAGAUUUUAUGGAAUUUGAGCAAUAAAUCUGUAGACAAAGGGAAGAAGACAGUAGAUUCCCCACUGCCAUAUUUAGACAGACUUUCCUACCCAAACAGUAAAUCAUUUUCCUCAAGCAGUCCCCAUGUUUCUCCUCCAAGAGGUUCUCCAUUCUGUCCAGAGAUAUCUAAAUCUGAUUCUGAGUUCAUGUACAGGUGUUCCUUGUGCUCAUUUGGCUGUAACAAAAUUCAGGAAUACAGGACUCAUUUUGAGUUUCAGCAUGAGCAAGGAAACUCACUGAAUGAGCAGGGCCCACUCUGUGGGACUGAAGGGAAGGAAUUAUGGAAAGUGAACAAAAUCAAGGAAUGUUUGACAGAUUUGAUCUGCCUGUUCCCUAAGGGGAAUGUCUCCCGAGAUCUCCUGCUUCAGAAGAUUAGUUCUAUAACCCAGCUUCCCGAGGCCGUCCACUGGGGCCCCGCGUGUAACAGGGCGGUCCGAGAAAUCUUCCCAGACACACUGGCUCAGAGGAAGGGAAAGUUUAAAAAAACCUAUUUCUUUGGAGUUUCCUUCAUUGAGCAAGUCCAGGAACCAGCCGAUGACCUUAGUGACCCCGAGUUGAUGCAGUAUCAGCCAUUGAGAGACAUGUCUCAGGAUCUGGAGAAGAUUCUAGAACAUCUUCACAAUCUUGUACAAUUUUCGGAGGAUGCGGAGUCUUCGGUGUCGAGAGACGACCUUCUGACAGUGCUACAUAAACGUAUAGAUGAGCCAGAUGUCCUGUACUGGGGAAUGCAGUGUAACAGGGCUAUCAGGAUAGUCUUCCCUUCUGUUGUUAUCAAACGCAAAGGAAAGUUCAAGACUACAGUAUAUCAAGGUGUUGAUUUCAAAGAGGAAGUGAAGAUGGAACUUCAACAAUUGCCAUUUUCCUUGCCAAAUAAAAAGGGGCGGCCAAGAAAAAUCAGCUCGGAAGAUUCAGGGGAGAUGUAUCAGAUGGGAAUGAGCUGGACAGACGCUAUAAGAACAGGACAUAGUGAGACGUAUAAAAUGUACACCAAUAUUCACGUCCCCAGACCCUUUCCUAGCGAGAACCUGUCAGUGACUCGUGGGUGGGGGCCGGGCUCCCUAGCUUAUCAUGACACCGGGGACCCCCAAAAGCAGGGUCCCUCACAGCUCUCACAGAACAAGGAAAGUGUUAAAAGGACUGAACAUUUUAAAUUAGAUUAUGAAGUUAAAGGAUCUGGAGAAGAUUCUGUAUUAAACAUUUCAUCAUUAAAUGAUUACUAUUGGAUGAAUGGACCCCAGACAAAAUCUUUCUUAAAUGGUAGUGUUCAAAAGUCUUGUCCUAGUGAACAAGCAUUUCAAAGUGAAAAAGAGGCUGAAAGUGAUUUCAAUGAUGUGAGUGAAAAUAAACAAAUUCUCAGUCAGAAAGAGGAUGAUCAGAGCGAGGAUAAUGAAGAUGAAAAUACAGAUGAAGAUGCAGAUGACGAGGAAAGCAUCGGACCAAAUAUUGAGGACAAAGAUAUUGACUGAAAACACAUCAA